AUGUCUACCUCAGGAAAGAAAGGUUGUGGUCGUAAAAAGAUUGAAAUAAAGAAAAUGACAAAUACGAAAAACAUGCAGGUCACUUUCUCGAAGCGCCGCAUUGGGCUCUUCCAGAAAGCCAAUGAGCUUUGCACGCUUUCUGGUGCAGAGAUGGCUCUUAUUGUCACCUCGCCAAGCCAAAAUGUGUUUUCAUUUGGCCAUCCAAGUGUGGAGACCGUCAUUGAUAAGUACCUCUUGGAGGGACAAACUCAACCCUCUGACAACAUGCAAUACAUCACGGCUCAGCGUAGCGCUGACGUGCUUGAGCAAAAUGCAAAGUUGUCCCUAAUCAACAACCAGAUCGACAUCGAUAACAAGCACAACAAGGAGCUUAAUCUUCAGAUCAAUGCGAUGCAAGCUCAGUUUUGGGGGGCCUCUCUGAUUAAAGAGAUGGACAAGUCUCAACUUGAGAAGUUCAAGGCGGCCUUGGAUGAGGUCAAGAAGCAGGUCACUCGCUAUUCUGACAUGCUCCCUAUGCAAGGUGAUGUUGCUGCUAGCGGUGCCGCUAUCAACCCACCAAUACAACAUUUUUUUGCCGCUGGACCCUCGAAUUCCAUGAUCCCUCUCCACCACCCACCACCAGCUCCUCCUCAGGUAUUUCCACCACUGUAUUUUCAGGGCCCCAUGAUGCAGACUCAACACUUAUUUGGUGGCUUUAACAACAUGGGAGGACAUGGAGGACCACCCCCUGGUUUCUACUGA